GUGGUAUUGAAGGAUUUGGACUCUUCAUCAAACAUGGUUCAAGGCGACGCAGGGUUUGAUGUCCGUGGCGCUGGUCCUAGGCCUCAUGGCUCUGCUGGUGGCCACCAUAUAUCUGUGUUGCACGUGCCACAGAUGUAACUCUCAUCAACCCAUCUGUGGAUUUCUCAUUGUCGCAUCUGUGGCUAUAGCGGUAGGCAUCGUUAUAUUCGGGAUCAAGGCGAGGCAGAAUUGGGGCAUAGACUUACAGGUGGAAACAAUGUCUAAAGGCCGGUUUGGUUGGUCAUUUUGGACGGCCAUAGGGUCUGCGGCCAGCGCCCUGCUGACAUCUACUUAUACUGUUGUAUGGAAAGAAAGAGACAAUAAAUGGAGAAUUGCGUGAGAUGAAGGUGAAAUGGAUGUACCUGCAUUUUACAAGUCCUAGCUUCGUAGACUUUUGGCUUUUCCAAGGCUCCUGUCGAGUCUAAGACUGAUGGUGUUGGAAACUUUUGUACACGCUGUUUUAGUACACAAACGAUGUUUUGUCCAAUAAAAUACUAAAUGCCACAAUAAGCUUAUUCUCUCGUGUAUGAAUCGUUUAGCUC